CACUGCCACACCAACCAAGACCACCACCAUGCAGCCAACAACCACCAGCACCACCACCACCACUCGAGCUUUGCCAACUAAGGUCAUUGUCCCACAGCCAACUACUACCACCCAGCACCCAACUAGUCCUGCACGGGUAGUGCCACCUACCCCACCACUCCCAUCCAGCCCUGCUCACCCCCUGACCCCAGUCCUUCAUCUGUCCUGUCCUCGCACACACGUGUCCUGCCGUGAUGGCACUGAGUGUGUGGCUCAGGAGUACCUGUGUGAUGGGGAGAAAGACUGUGCAGAUGGCUCUGAUGAGGAUGGGUGUGCCCAGCUCUGCAACACCCCAGGGGCCUUCCACUGCGCGAGCGGAGCCAUGUGCGUUGGGGCGGGAGAGCGCUGCGAUGGGGUGCCCCAGUGCCCCGAUGCCUCGGAUGAGACAGGCUGCUGGACCCCCACGCAGGAGUGUGCCCUGCGCUGUGAUGCUGCCACCCGCUGCAUCCCCAAGAGCUGGCUGUGUGAUGGCCAUGCUGACUGCCUGGACCACACUGACGAGCAGGGCUGUGUGGCGAAGGAGUGUGGCCCAGCUGAGUUCCCCUGCCGGAAUGGGCAGUGCGUGGCCCUGGCCCUGCACUGCGAUGGUGACCAUGACUGCCAGGACCGCUCAGACGAGGAGGGCUGUGCCGUGCCCCGGCCACUGCUCUGCCGUGCGGGUGAGGUGACGUGUUCCCACAGUGGGGAGUGUGUGCCGGAGGCCUGGCGCUGCGAUGGCACUGCUGACUGUGGGGAUGGCACAGAUGAGCAGGACUGUCCUUGGGAGGAAGCGCUGUGUGGGGACCAGCAGUGGGGCUGCUCCCAUGGCCAUGAGUGCAUCCCUGAUGUCUGGCGCUGCGAUGGAGAGACUGACUGCACAGAUGGCAGCGACGAAGCUGGCUGCCAGCCUGCUCCCUGCCAGAGUCAUGAGUACCCCUGUGGGCUGGGGGCCUGCCUGAAUGCAUCCUUGGUGUGUGACGGCCGGCAGGACUGCGUGGAUGGCUCAGACGAGGGGGGGAACUGCUCUGUGCCCUGCAAACAGUCCUGCGCUCAUCUCUGCUACCCCUCGCCCCAGGGCCCUCGGUGCUGGUGUGGCCCAGGCUAUCGGCUUGCCGAGGAUAGUCUGUUCUGCAUGGACAUAGACGAGUGCACGGAGUGGGGUGAGGGAGCCUGCAGCCAAACAUGCCUCAAUGCCCCAGGGUCCUACAGCUGUGGCUGUCUCCCUGGCUACCUGCUGGAGCCCGAUGGCCAUGUCUGCAAACUCACUGGACCAGAGCCCAUGUUGCUGGUGGCUGUGCAGUCAGAGGUGUUGUCCUAUGGCCUGCGGAGUGGGCGUAAGGAGGUGCUGCUGGCCACUGACAAGGAUCGCGUCGUCUUCUCACUCGACUAUGACCUGGUGGAGAGGAAAGUCUUCUGGAUGGACCUGGCCACAGAGAGCAUCCGCUGGCAGGACCUCAACUCGGGCAAGAAAGGCACGCUGGUGAAAGGUGUGAGAUCAGACUGUAUAGCAGUGGACUGGCUUGGGAGGAACCUGUACUGGACAGAUGGUGCAGCAGGACAGGUGCUGGCCACUCGCUUGGGUGCUGCCUGGCAAGGGAUACCAGAGUACACUGUGGUGAUGGAUGGAGACCUGGACCAGCCCCAUUCUCUGGUGCUCCAACCUCUGGCAGGGCUGCUGUACUGGUCAGAGGUGGGGAGCCACCCACGGCUGAUGGAGUCCACGAUGGAUGGGAGUCGGCGGCACGUGCUGCUGGCCCAGGGGCUGGGCUGGCCCACAGCACUAGCCCUCGACCUCCCCACCCAGAGGAUCUUCUGGCUGGAUGAGAAGCUGGGCAGUGUCAGUUCUGCACAUCUGGAUGGCACCAGUGUGAAGGUCCUGAAGCUGAGCUGGGUCCGGAGCCCCUUCGCGGCGGCCGUGUGUGAGGGCCAGAUCUACUGGUCAGAGAGGAAGACAUGGUCCGUGCAGCAGGUGGACAAGGCCAGUGGCAAGAACAGAACCACGCUGCUCAAGCAGCACGGGCAGCCCCAUGGCCUCCAGGUGAUGCACCCAGCCCUGCGCCCCACAGCCCCUAACCCCUGUGAGACACGUGGCUGCUCCCACCUGUGCCUGCUGAGUGCCAGGCACACUGGGCAGUGCCGGUGCCCUGCCAGGCUGGUGCUGGCUGCCGAUGAGACCACCUGCCUGCCCCUCCGUGAUUCAGCCUUUGCUCUCCUGGUGUCACCAGCAGCUGUGGCACAGGUCUACCUGAAGGACCUGCCUGCAACAUCUGGAUCCCGAGGGCUUCCCCUGCACCAGGCCCUGCCCUUGGCCAAGGUGGGCCACCUGACAGCCAUCGACUACGCAGUGAAAGACAAGAGUUUGUACUUUGCAGAGGUGGGAGGCAACUCCAUCGGACUGCUGCGCCUGAAGGACUGGAGACGGCUGUCCUGGAAGAAGGCAGUAGCUGUGGAGGGCACGGUGACAUCCCUGGCCUUGGACUGGCUGAGUGGGAACCUGUACUGGAUCAGGGGGCAGCCGCCCAGCAUCCAUGUGGCAGCUCCUGGGGGGCGGUGGGCCCUGGCACUACUCAGUGAGGGGCUGCAGGGCGCUGCCUGGCUGGCACUGUGCCCUCGUGCCUCCACCAUGUGCUUUGUCACAGCAGCUGGCAGCCAUGGGCCCGGUGCCACAGUGGAGUGUGCAGCCAUGGAUGGCACUGGCCGCAGAGCGGUCUGGAGGAGAGCCCGGGCUCCCACUGGCCUCACCUUUGGGGCUGCUGGCACCAGGCUGUACUGGGCAGACCACGAGAGAGGUACCAUCAGCAGCGUCGAGCUGGAUGGAUCCCACUUUCGGGUGGUGCGGGAAGGGCUGCAUGGUCUCUCACUGUUUGCCAUAGGAGAAGGCUUUCUGCUCUGGAGCACGACCUCAACCAAUGGAUCCAGCAAGAUCUGGCACAGCCGGCUGGAGCGGGCCGAGAGGUGGUGGUUCACAAUGGAGAAGGAUUUGGUAGCCAUGAGGAUUUACAGCCAGUUCUCACAGGAAGGCACCAACGCCUGUGCAAAGAGCAACGGGGGCUGUGCCCAGCUCUGCCUGCCCAACCCUGCAGGGCGGCAGUGCCGCUGCUCUCACGGUUACCACCUCGUGCAUGGAGCAGCAUGUGCACCAGCAUUGUCCUGCCCUGCCACGCUCCAGCCCUGCCCUGACCUCCAGAGCUGCAUCUCUGGAGAACAGGUCUGUGACGGGCGCUCUGACUGCGCUGACGGCUCCGAUGAGUCUGAUUGCCCCUCCCAGCAGGUGGGGACGCAAGUCCCCGCAGUGUCACCAUCAGGAAUGUCCCACGUGGAAGAACAGAAACCAGCCUCGCUCGCAACUGCACUGCAGCCUCGGCAGCCCAGCCCCAGCUCACCCGCAGCCCCUGGACCCCGGGAGCACGGAGAGCCCUUCCUGGUACCCCCCAGCACGGAGGAGGUGCUGAGGGCUGUGCCGUGCAGCAGCGAGACGUGCAACCUGCGCGGGGACUGCGCCAUCGAGGCCGGGCGAGUGACGUGCCACUGCGCCCUGGGCUAUCGUGGCGACUACUGCGAGGAAGUAGAGGUGCAGCCCCUUGCAGGACCCAUCGUCCUGGGCGUGGCCGUUCUCCUCCUGCUCGCUGCUGCUGCUGUGGGGGCCCUGGCCUACAUGCGGAGGCGGGACAGGCGGAGGAGGACCUCAAGCACUGCUUCCACCCGGGUGCUGACCUUGUACCACCGUGAAAGUGACCCUGAGGAAGAGGAUGAGGAGGAGGAGGAAGAGCUUCCCCCCAAGAGUGAUACAUUUGUGAAUGAAGCUUACGAUGGGAAAGAGGAGCUGCCAGCCCUGCCAAGGAAGGGACCAUCUCACCCCAACACUGUAUUUUCAUAAAGGAAUGUUGUGCAGCAUC